AUGCCUUCCACUGUUCCCCAGACUAUGAAGGCUCUCCUUAUCGAGGAGGGACAUAAAGUUGCGCUAAAGGACCAUAGCGUCCCUCCCGUCGGUGACGACGAUGUUCUGAUUAAGACGGUGUCCCUCGCUCAGAACCCUACAGACUGGAAGCACGUCGAUUCCAUUGGAGUACCUGGCUCGAUUUUGGGCUGCGAUUUCUCGGGACACGUCGUUAAAGUCGGCAAGAACGUUACAAGCCCGAAGGUUGGCGACCAUGUCGCGGGGUUUCUGCACGGCGGCGCGUUCUCAGACGAGGGCGCCUUCGCUGAGUAUGUCAAGACCCCGGGAGACCUUGUCUGGGUCGUUCCCGAGAACACAAUCAGCCACGAUGAGGCCGCUACUCUAGGCUGCGCUUUCUGGACGGCCGCACAAGCGUUGUUCCACAAGACACGCCUCGGCCUUGUAGAGCCUCCGGCAAAGACAUCUAGUGCCGAAUGGAUUUUCAUAUACGGCGGAAGCUCCGCCGUCGGUCACUUCGCCAUCCAGCUCGCACAUCUCGCCGGCUACAAGGUCGCUACUACGGCGUCCCCGCGAAACUUUGAGCUGGUCAAGUCCCUCGGUGCUGACGCCGUGUUCGACUACCGCGACGCAGACGUUGUAGCGAAGAUCAAGCAGGCCACCGGCGACUCUGUUUCCAAGGCAGUUGAUGCUAUCUCGCUCAAGGACUCGCAGCGCAUCAGCGCGGAGGUCCUCGCGCCCGCAGGUGGCAAGGUUGUCCUCGUACUGGGCCCUGAGCCGGGUGCGACGGACCGCAAGGACGUCCAGUUCAUUCCCACACUGAUUUACACCUCGCUCGGACGCGCGUUCGACUUCGGGCCAUCGACGCAUUUCCCCGUCUUCCCCGAGGACCGCAAGCAGAUCGUCGAGUUCCUCAAGAAGGUGCCACAGCUCGUGAAGGAUGGCGCGAUCAAGCCCCCGGCGAUCAAGCUCUGGGAGGGGGGCCUGGCGGCGAUUUCCGACGGGUUGCAGUACAUGCGCGAGGGCAAAGUUAGCGCAGAGAAGAUCGUCUACCGCGUUUAA